AUGUUAUGCUUCCGCGCAUGUUAUGCUUCCGCGCAUGUUAUGCUUCCGCGCAUGUUAUGCUUCCGCGCAUGUUAUGCUUCUCUUCUCUCUUCCGCGCAUGUUUUGCUUGACCCGUCUCGUCCACUCAACACCACUCACAUCCCUCACCCUCCCGUCCAACCCCCCUCCAUUUUCGGCCUCCUGACGUCUCUCGAGCUCGACUCGCCGUUCGCCCGUCGCUCCAUGUACUACCAGCACCGUUCUCACGCGCCCCUCCCUCCUGUCCACCUCUUCCCCGCUCUCCACUCACUCUCUCUCCUCAUCCAUGCCUCAAAACUCACCCCCCUCACCCGCUGCUCCUCCCUCACCUCCCUCACACUCUGGAACCCCACACCCUCCACCCUCUCCUCCCUCGCCUCCUCCUCCUCUCUCCGCCUCUCCCUCAAAUCCCUCUUCCUCCACUCCGCAAAGCUAGAGUCCUGCCUCUCCUCCAUCCGCCGCUUUACCACCCUCACCUCUCUCUCCUUCCUCUCCUGCUCCAUCAAUCCAUUCGAGCUUCACACUCUCUCUCGCUCCCUUCACUCUCUCACCCACCUUACCAUCCAUGACUGUCCCCUAGUCUCCAGCCAUUCUCUAGCCUCCCUGGUUCAGGCCAAUCCUGCUCUCUCCUCUCUCUCCCUCCACGGUACCUCCUACCGCCUCUUCAGCACACAGGGGUUCCGUUCCCUCCUCCACCUCUCCGCACCCCGCUUGACCGCUCUUGACCUCUCUGGACUGCCGUCCUUACGCCCAGGCAUGCUUGCUCACUGCAGCGGCCUUCGUUCCCUCUCCUUGAUAGGAAAGCCGGAAACAAUUUCUGUGCGGAGGGAGAGAGGUGGUGAGGCUGGGACGGGGGAGGGGAGGGGUGGAGGAGGGAGGGAGGGAGAGGGGGAUGUGGAGGAAAGGGUGGUGCUUCAGCAGGUAUCCUUUGAGAGUCUUGUGGGCAUGCUGGCGCUGCGGGUGGCGGUUUCGGAGCAAGACGCUGCUACGGCGAGAGAGGAUGCGGUGAUAGAGGCGUUUGUUGCUGCCACGACUGCAGGCGUGUUCAUGGAGAGGGCUGGUUUGGAAGGGGAGGGCGAAGGGGGAGGGAGAAUGGCUCGGCUCGAAGACUUUGAUGGGAUGCUGCCAGAUGAAGACUCUCCUAGUGAUGAUGAUUAUGACGAUGAUGGUGGUGGUGGUGCUGAUGUUGCUGAUGGUGCUGAAGGGAGUGGGGCCCUCCAAGACUUUCACUUCACCCGAACCACUCCCGAACCUACCUGGCUGCCUCCAUCCCUUCCCUCUGCCUCGCCUCUCAUGUGCCUCGUGAAUUCCCCUGGAUCCCCUCGUGCAUCCCCCUCGCCACUUCUCUCGACCCCCUCUUCCUCCCGCUCCUCUUCUCGCUUCUCUCCUGCUGCCAUUUCAACCAUUUCGAGCCUGAGCGCGCAGCCGCAGUCGUUUGAAUCCGUGGCACUCGCUGCUGUUUUCGGCCGGCUGAAGCGCCUUUCUCUGGUGUCGUGUUUCUGCCUGAAAGAGGAGCAGCUGGUGCUGCUGCUGCGUGCCUGCCCCGCGCUCGUGGCUUUAAUUGUCAAACACAACGAGGACUUCUCGGACCGGGUGGUGGCGAGAAGCAAGUUGCAUAUGCUCACUGAUCUGACCAUGCUCGAGUGUGAUGCGAUCACUGGUGAUGGGGUUGGAAGGCUGCUGGGAAGCUUCCCGAAGUUGCGUGAAUUGAUGGUGGAGGCAAGCAAGACCACGUUCCAAGCUUCCCUCGCACAUGUAUCCCUUACCAAUAAGUUCCUUCCCCCUUUGACCGACCUGACCCAGCCUUCAGCGAUGGAAGCCAAUUUCGUCGAGUCUAGGAAGACUGCCGUAUAUGGACCCACCACGGAAGCGUCAGGGUACAGCAGCACCGGUAAUUCCACGUGGGACAGUGUCGCUGGCCUUCAGUUGAUACGCCACGUCAGCAGCAAUAUCCCGUCCAGCAGCUGCAACAGCUCGCAGAGCGGCUCAUCAUGCGACUCGUUUUGUCUUGACGAAAUGGUUUCCGACUUCAUAGAGGAAGACCGCGCCGUCGGUGUCGACGCUGGCGACGGUUAUGACACUCGCAGGAACAAGCUCCCGGUCUCUCAAGCUAGGUCUGCCAAAAAUUCCAAAUUGGAACCGACAGUAGCAGCAGCGCAUGACGACGGUGCUGGGCGUGACUCGGCGAGAUGCGUCAGCGGGAAACGGGAGAAUCACGUGUACGACGCUCCUGCUGACACGUGGCGGUGUCAAUUCUGCGGAGGGGCCCAGUGUAACGGCCUGGACUGCCAGCUGCGCAUGAGUUACCAUCAUGGUGGCCUUUGUGCGAAUCAACAACCUUCGGAUAACAGCUCGUGCAGCGAAAUAGAACGACUCGCCUCCAUGAUCGAGCCACUCAGCUGCUGUGAGACCCCCGAAGAAUAUGCAGUUUACGAUAUUGUCUCUGCCGCCAUGGAGCAUGCAACGGACCCGUCUGCCGACGCCAGCACAAGCAGCGGCGCUGUACGCAACGCGGUGGUGCAGCAGUUGCGGAGUCGGGGAUACGAUGCUGCUGUGUGCUACUCUCAGUGGGACUACUCCAACGGCGUCCCUGAUGGCUCUCACGAGUACUGUGACGUCGUCAUUCAUCCAUCCUCCCCACAUCGUCUACCUGAGCGGCUCAUAGUUGACCUUGACUUCCGGGCACAGUUUCAAGUUGCUCGUCCGACUCCGCAGUACAGUUACAUCUUGCAGCUGACCCCGGUUUCUUUUGUCGGCUGCCCUGACCGGUUACACCGUCUGGUGGAGAUUUUAUCUGAGGCGAUGCGGCUGUCUCUGCAUGCCCAGGGCAUGCACGUGCCACCCUGGCGCCGACACCCUUACCUCUCCGCCAAGUGGACAGCCGUUUAUUCGCGCCACAUCAGCAGCUCUUCCGCAGGUUGUUCAAGGGAAUUUGAACCAUCUGCUGCUGCUGCUAAGGUAUCAGCUGCUACGUCUGAACCUGCUACCGUACCUGCAUCAAACCACAUGCGAAUUCCAGCACAACUGAAUACAAGCCAUUUGGGCUUUCCUCGUGCACUCAAUCAUGCCCGUCAGCACAGGCCGGGAGCUGCUGUGGUGGGCCUACUGGCGAGAGGCAUGAAAGAGCUUGCUCUCCACCGUCAGGCAGUGGUUUGA